CCCCCUGCCCGGCCGCCGCUGAUGGCCGUGACGGGCACCAAGGGCUCUCUGGAGAGGGACUGCGAGGCCAUGACCCUGCAGCAGCCGCCCCCGGCGCUGAGAGGGGGCUGCCCCCCGGCCCUCUACAUCCACAGCAUGCCCGCCUGGGUGCUGGAGGACUUCUGCCAGAAGAUGGACUGCCUGAGCGACUACGACUGGAUGCGCUUCGCCUCCUACGUGAUCCCCGACCAGACGGAGCUGCGCAAGAUCAAGUGCCUGGAGAGGACAGGGAUCAGUGUCACCAGGGAGCUGAUGUGGUGGUGGGGAGUGCGGCUGGCCACGGUGCAGCAGCUGCUGGACCUGCUGCAGGGGCUGCAGCUCUACCGCGCCGCGCAGGUCAUUCUGGACUGGACCUCAGCCUCCAGCAGUGCCAGCUCUGACAAGGAGGAGCUGGUGCAGCCCCCCAAGCAGGAGCACAUAUCUUUAACCCCCCCAGAAAUCAAGAAGAGAGAGAGAGAAAAGGAGCUCAGUCUGUUGCCUUCAGCAGGCUCUUCCCAUCUGGGGGCAGCAGCAACAGGUGUUUCAGGUGCUGUUGCUGAAGGGGCCUUCAGUUCACUCCCUGCUCCACCACCUCCCCCAAGAGACCUUCUGAAUUCCUUGCAAUCAAACCCUCCUGUGGCAUCCAGUGUGAAGCCUUGCAGCUCCUCCAGCCCUCAGCAGGAGACCGUGGCCGACCUGCCCAGCGGCAGCCUGCUCUGGACCCAGCAGGAGGUCACAAGUGCCACCAACAGCUUCAGUGACAAGAGCAGAAUUGGGGAGGGGACUUUUGCAGAUGUCUACAAGGGUCAGAGGAACCAGGUGGUGUAUGCCAUCAAACGGCUCAGAGAGACAGAAUGCACAAGCCCAAGUGCCACCCAAAGAUUCUUUCACACAGAGGUGCAGAUCUGCUUUCGGUGCUGUCAUGUCAACAUUCUGCAGCUGCUGGGCUUCUCCAUAGAAAGUGGGCUGCACUGUCUGAUAUAUCCCUACCUGCCCAAUGGAUCUCUGCACAGCAAGCUCCACGCUCAAGAGAGCUGCGCCGCGCUGCCCUGGGAGGCCAGAGUCGGCAUUGCAGCAGGGCUGCUGCAGGCUGUGCACUACCUCCACGGCUCGGGAAUCCUCCACGGCAACAUCAGGAGCUCAAAUGUCUUGCUGGAUGACAACCUGACCCCCAAGCUUGGACACUCAGGCCUGAGGCUGCUUUCUGCUGAUAGAAAGUCAGAAUAUGCCACGAUGAAAACCAAAGUGCUGCAGGCUUCCCUCACCUAUCUGCCAGAGGACCUGGUCAGGCACGGGCAGCUGGCAGCCAGGGUGGAUGUGUUCAGCUGCGCUGUGGUCUUGGCAGAGAUCCUGACGGGGAUGAAGGCCCUGGAUGAAGGGAGGCAGCCUGCUUACCUGAAGGACCUGAUUGCUGAUGAAAUGCAGCUGGCAAGAGAAAGCUCCUGCUCCAAAGGAACUCCUGCUGAGAUGCUGGCUGCCAGGGAAAUCUGCUGCAAAUACCUGGACACCAGAGCAGGACCCUUGCUGGCAGAGGCUGCUGUGGACUUUGCCUCAGCCAUCUGCAGCUGCCUGAGAAAGAAGAAUCCCAGCAUAGCAGAGGCCCUGGGCAGGGUGGGCACGGCCGAGAGCAGGCUGAGAGAGCACAGCCUCUGGGGGGGCAGCACCGCCGGGCCCCCCAGCAACACCCCCGAGGAAACCGACGACGAGACAAGCAGCAUGAGCAGGGAGGCGCCCCCCGCGGUGGGCAGGGAGGGCGGCAGGCAGCCCCUGGCGCUGAGCAGCGCCCCCCCGUGCCCACCCCUGCUGGCGUGCCCCGACCCCUGCUGCGAGCCGGUGUCGCGCGUGCCCUGCGAGUCCGACGAGUCCGGCAGCUUCCUCUGGGAGCCUGCAGACGGAGCUGCAGAGGAGCUGCCCAGCUGCAGCUGCCACACCUCGGCCCAGGCAGCAGCCUCUGCCCUCGGGGUGGGGCAGGACAGCGCUGCAGCUGGGCUCCAGCAGAGGAGUGCAGCCUGCAGCAGCCAGGAGCCCGCAGUGCCCAGCAGCCUUCCGCCGGACAGCGCAGAGCUGCAGCCUCCCUGUGCUCAAGCAUUACCCAGAGAGACAUCUUGGAGAAUAAAGAUUAAUGACCAGAAGAGGAAGCUCAUGGAAAACAUUUUGCUCUAUGAAGAAGACAAACUGAGCAGUUCUGAACUGUUUGACUCCUAAGUGGAUGAUUCCCCAGCCCUGGCCAGCUCAGAAGAAGAGACAAGGACUGUCCCCUCAUCAGAGAGAUGGCAAAGGUGCACCUGGCAUGGGAGGCCAAGGAGCAGAUUUGCAUCAGAAACAUUAGCCCUGGCUGAGCAAAACAGAAGUGAUCACCCCAAGAAGAUACCUCUUGUGCAGCAGAGACACUGUCAGCACAGUGCCACUGGCAGCAGCAGUGCCUCUUCCUGCCCACCUGCAGGUGCCAGGCAGCUGCCAGGGCAGCCGGGGGCCCUUUUGCAGUGCAUUUGCAGCACCUCUGCCUUUGACCUGUGCCUGACUGAGAGCAGGGCGAGCAGCAGCAGAGAGCAGCAGCACUGCCCAGGCAGGCAGGCCCCUCCAGAGGCUGGAGCAGCCUUCACUUUGCAGACAGCUCACCCUGCUCCAUGCCCCUCCCAAAGACUGCAGUGCCAGAGGGGAUCUUCAUGCAAGUUCUCAGGCGUCCUGCCUGCCUGGCUGGCAGCUGAGCUGCACUCGACAGAGCUGUGACUCACUGAAGCCAGGUCACUCUGCUCCACUACACAAAGCACAGCUGAGUCUCACCUCUGAGUCUCGCUCAGCAGCUCCAAGGCACUCUUCAUACUUCCUAAGAGUCUUUGUGGAAGUUAAUCUCUCCUAAGUGUCCUUGAGGUGUCACUAAGGCUUCUCACCAAGGGUUCUCGCUGUGUUUCACAACAUAACUGUUGUACAGUUUGGAUUAGGGACAAGACUUUGAUUGAAAGUCUCUUGGGUUUUGUUCCAGGCCCCUUGAAGGUGGCUGUGUUGUAUUUAUUGUGGCAGUGGGCUGAGGGUCCAGUGAAGAUGAGCUCCUGAGGCCU